CGCCCGCCCGCGCAGCCCAGCGCAGCGCAGCGCAGCCCCGCGCCCAGCGCACCCGGCCGCCAUGUCGGUGUCGGACGAAGCGGACGGCCCCGGGGUGGCCCGGCCACACUAUGGCUCUGUCCUUGAUAAUGAGAGGCUCACAGCAGAGGAGAUGGACGAGAGGAGACUUCAGAAUGUGGCGUACGAAUAUCUUUGUCAUCUGGAGGAAGCAAAGAGGUGGAUGGAAGCCUGCCUGAAUGAGGAGCUGCCCCCCACGACGGAGCUGGAGGAGGGACUGAGAAAUGGAGUCUAUCUUGCCAAACUUGGAAACUUUUUCUCCCCCAAAGUGGUGUCUCUGAAGAAAAUCUAUGAUCGGGAACAGACCAGGUAUAAGGCAACUGGUCUCCAUUUCCGGCACACUGAUAACGUGAUUCAGUGGCUGAACGCCAUGUCUGAGAUUGGCCUCCCCAAGAUUUUCUACCCAGAAACUACAGACAUCUAUGAUCGGAAAAACAUGCCGCGCUGCAUCUACUGCAUCCACGCGCUCAGUUUGUACCUGUUCAAACUGGGACUGGCUCCUCAGAUUCAGGACUUGUACGGGAAGGUGGAUUUCACAGAGGAAGAGAUCAGUAACAUGCGGCUGGAGCUGGACAAAUACGGAAUUCAGAUGCCUGCCUUCAGCAAGAUUGGAGGCAUCCUAGCUAACGAGCUCUCUGUGGACGAAGCAGCGUUGCAUGCUGCUGUGAUUGCCAUUAAUGAAGCAGUAGACCACCAAGUCCCGGCUGACACGCUCACAGCAAUGAAAAAUCCUAAUGCCAUGCUGGUGAAUCUCAGUGAUCCCCUGGCACCCACGUACCAAGACACACUGUACCGGGCAAAGCAGGACAAGAUGGAGAAUGCUAAAAACCGGAUUGCCUCUGAAAAUUCAGAGAGAGAGAGAGAUGUGUACGAAGAGCUGCUGACUCAAGCUGAGAUUCAGGGCAAUAUCAACAAAGUGAACACACAUACAGCUAUAUCAAAGAUCGAUCUGGCUUUGGAACAGGGAGAUGCAGUAGCAUUAUACGAAGCUUUAACAUCACCAUCUUUGGGGCUCCGAGGUGUACAGCGAGAAAAUUGCGACUGGUAUCUUAAGCAGCUCUUGAGUGAUAGACAACAGAGACAGGAGAGCGGCCUGACGGGCCCCCUGCAAAAAGAAGAUUUGCAGCAAGGGGUAGAUGCAGCUAAUAGUGCGGCACAGCAGUACCAGCGAAAGCUGGCAUCAGUGGUGAGGAUUAAUGCUGCGGUCCGAAGCGGUGAUGCUGACAAGACUGUGGCCGAGCUGAUGCAUCCAGAGGCCCAGUUACCCCAGGUGUAUCCAUUCGCGGCAGCACUUUACCAGAAGGAGCUUGCCACCCUGCAGCAGCAGAGCCCCAGUGGGAACCUCACGCACCCAGAGCUCUCGGUUGCAGUAGAGAUGCUGUCGUCUGUGGCCCUGAUCAACAGGGCUUUGGAUUCGGGGGAUGUGAACACAGUAUGGAAACAGCUGAGCAGUCCAGUCACAGGGCUUACCAACAUUGAGGAUGAGAACUCCCAGAGAUACAUCGAUGCCUUGAUGAAGCUGAAAGCUCAGGCACACAUGGAAGGGAAUGAGUUUGUCACAUGGAACGACAUCCAGUCUUGUGUUGACCGUAUGAACAUCGUAGUGCAUGAGGAACAUGAGAGGAUUUUAGCCAUUGGGCUUAUUAACGAAGCGCUAGAUGAGGGAGACACCAAGAAGACCCUUCAGGCCUUACAGAUCCCGGCAGCAAAACUGGAGGGCGUAACCCCAGAAGUGGCACAGCACUACCAGGACACGCUGCUACGAGCCAAGAGGGAGAAAGCCCAGGACACUCGGGAUGAGACAGCUGUGCUUUGGCUGGAUGAAAUUCAGGAUGGGAUUCAUCGGGCCAACAAGGACACGGAGGAGGCACAGAAAUUUUCUUUAGGAAUUCUGGCCAUUAAUGAAGCAGUGGACCGUGGUGAUGUUAGCCAAACCCUCAGCGCCCUGCGCUCACCUGAUGUCGGGCUUUAUGGAGUCACUCCAGAAUGUGCUGAGACAUACCAGCGAGAGUUGGCAGAAGUGAAGAAGAAGAAAAUGGCAGCAGGGGACAAUGCUAGCGAGUGGGUGAAGCAUUGGGUGAGAGGCGGCUACCAUUAUUACCAUAACCUGCGAAGCAGAGAUGGAGCAUGGGAUGAACCUUCAGGAUUUGUACACAACAGCACACAGCUCUCCCGAGAGGAGAUACAGAGCACCAUCUCUGGGGUUACUGCUGCCUACAACCGAGAGCAGCUCUGGCUGGCCAACGAGAGUCUGAUCACCAAGCUGCAGGCUUGUUGUCGUGGAUACCUUGUUCGGCAGGAAUUCAACUCAAGAUUGAGUUUCUUGAAGAAACAAGUCCCCGCAAUCACUUGCAUCCAGUCUCAGUGGCGUGGCUACAAGCAGCGGAAGGCAUACCAAGAUCGCUUGAGGUACUUGCAAGCGCACAAGGACCAAGUAGUGAAGAUUCAGUCAAUGACCAAGAUGUAUCAAGCCAGAAAGCGGUACAGAAAUCGGUUGCAGUAUUUCAAAGACCAUAUAAAUGAUGUUAUAAAAAUCCAGGCCUUCAUCCGCGCAAAUAAAGCACGAGAUGACUAUAAAACUCUCAUCAAUGCUGAAAACCCACCUAUGGUGGUGCUUCGAAAAUUUGUUCACUUACUGGAUCAGAGUGAUCAGGAUUUCCAAGAGGAGCUUGACCUUAUGAAGCUGCGUGAGGAGGUUGUGACCCUACUCCGCUCCAAUCAACAACUAGAAAAUGAUCUCAAUCUCAUGGACAUCAAAAUUGGGCUCCUUGUGAAAAACAAAAUCACUUUGCAGGAUGUCGUCUCCCACAGCAAGAAGCUUACGAAGAAGAACAAGGAGCAGCUGUCUGACAUGAUGAUGCUGAACAAGCAGAAGGGAGGUCUGAAGGCUCUGAGCAAAGAGAAGAGGGAGAAGCUGGAGGCCUAUCAGCACCUCUUCUACCUACUUCAGACUAACCCAACCUACCUGGCCAAGCUGAUUUUUCAGAUGCCUCAGAACAAAUCCACCAAAUUUAUGGAUUCUGUGAUCUUCACACUGUAUAACUAUGCAUCCAAUCAGAGAGAGGAGUACCUGCUGCUGCGGCUUUUCCAGACAGCUCUGAAGGAAGAGAUAAAAUCCAAGGUAGAUCAGGUACAUGAGAUUGUGACUGGCAACCCCACUGUUAUUAAGAUGGUGGUAAGUUUCAACCGUGGUGCCCGCGGCCAGAACGCGCUGAGGCAGAUCCUGGCACCUGUUGUGAAGGAGAUCAUGGAUGAUAAAUCACUCAACAUCAAAACUGAUCCUGUGGAUAUUUACAAAUCUUGGGUUAACCAGAUGGAGUCGCAGACUGGAGAGGCCAGUAAGCUGCCAUACGAUGUGACCCCCGAGCAAGCCCUGAGUCAUGAGGAGGUGCGGACACGCCUGGAUGCCUCCAUCAGAAACAUGCGGACAGUGACAGACAAGUUCCUGGCAGCGAUUGUUAGCUCCGUGGACAAAAUCCCUUAUGGCAUGCGGUUCAUCGCCAAGGUCCUGAAAGAUUCAUUACAUGAGAAGUUUCCUGAUGCUGGUGAGGAUGAGCUGCUGAAGAUUGUUGGCAACUUACUGUAUUAUCGCUACAUGAACCCAGCCAUUGUUGCUCCAGAUGCAUUUGACAUCAUUGACCUUUCAGCUGGAGGUCAGCUGACCACAGACCAGCGCAGAAACCUUGGCUCCAUUGCGAAGAUGCUACAGCAUGCUGCCUCCAAUAAGAUGUUCAUGGGAGACAAUGCACAUCUAAGCAUCAUUAACGAGUAUCUCUCUCAGUCCCACCAGAAAUUCAGACGUUUCUUCCAGGCGGCCUGCGAGGUCCCCGAGCUACAGGAUAAAUUUAACAUUGAUGAAUAUUCUGACUUGGUGACUCUCACGAAACCAGUGAUUUAUAUUUCCAUUGGUGAAAUCAUCAAUACGCACACUCUGCUCUUAGACCAUCAAGACGCAAUUGCUCCUGAGCACAACGAUCCGAUUCACGAGUUGCUGGAUGAUCUGGGGGAAGUACCCACAAUCGAGUCCCUGAUAGGGGAAGGGACUGGCAGUAUUAAUGACCCCAACAAGGAAAUGCUAGCCAAGACUGAAGUGUCUCUGACGCUGACUAAUAAGUUUGAUGUUCCUGGUGGUGAGAACGCUGAAAUGGAUGCAAGGACAAUCCUGCUGAACACAAAGCGUUUAAUUGUAGACGUGAUCCGCUUCCAACCAGGGGAGACUCUGACGGAGAUCCUAGAAACUUCAGCCACCUCCGAGCAGGAAGCAGAGCAUCAAAGAGCGAUGCAGAGACGGGCUAUUCGUGAUGCCAAAACCCCUGAUAAGAUGAAAAAAUCUAUGUCUGUGAAGGAAGACAGCAACUUGAGUCUUCAAGAAAAGAAAGAGAAAAUCAAGACAGGGCUGAGGAAGUUGACAGAACUAGGGAUUGCAAACCCAGCGAAUAAAUACCAGGAGCUAAUUAAUGAUAUUGCCAAGGACAUCCGGAAUCAGCGUCGGUACCGUCAGAGGAGGAAGGCAGAGCUGGUGAAGCUACAGCAGACUUACAGUGCCUUGAACUCCAAAGCCACCUUUUAUGAGGAGCAAGUGGAUUAUUAUAAAAGCUAUAUCAAAACCUGCUUGGAUAACUUGGCCAGCAAGGGCAAGGUCUCUAAAAAGCCUCGGGAGAUGAAAGGUAAAAAUAGUAAAAAGAUUUCCCUGAAGUAUACAGCAGCCAGACUGCAUGAAAAGGGAGUUCUGCUGGAGAUUGAAGACCUGCAAGCCAACCAGUUUAAAAAUGUGAUAUUUGAAAUCAAUCCAACAGAGGAAGUAGGAGACUUUGAGGUAAAAGCAAAAUUCAUGGGAGUUCAGAUGGAAACAUUCAUGCUACAUUAUCAGGAUCUUUUGCAGCUCCAGUAUGAAGGUGUUGCAGUCAUGAAGCUGUUUGAUAGAGCAAAAGUCAAUGUCAACCUUCUCAUCUUCCUUCUGAACAAGAAGUUCUACGGGAAGUAACUGGUGUGUCCCACAACAUCUGCAGCGGGGAUGCAUGGAAGAACUGCGCAGCUCUUAAUGGCCUCUCUCACCUGUCAGAAGCAAGCACAUAUUGUAUCUUAAGAGACUUUAUAUUAAUGUACCCCUUUGCCCAACUACAACUAUAUCAUUUCAGGAAGCAGGACUAGAAUCUCAGUGGAUCAGUAGUUCUGACUGGGUACACAGAGGUUUUGUGCAUCUCAUUGCUAUGAUCUUUCCCUCUCUUUUUUUCCGGACCCCUUGACAAGCAGUUCAUUUAGAAUGUGUUUUGGUGGCACUGGGGAAUUAAACAUUUGCUAGAAUAUACGUUGGGCUUCUGGGUGUUUUCUUUGCUUAAACAUGUGGAUGGCAAGGCUUGAGUACUUGUUGCUUGUAGGAGGAGAAAGCUGGCACUAGGAAAUCACCGGUUCUGCUUUGUUGGCUAGAAGCAGAUCAGGAUUACUAUUUAUAUUGAGACUCCCCCACUGUCAGUUCUGGUACAGAAAUGAAUGAACUUUAAAACCAGGUUGCCUAUUUCAUUGUCACCGUUUGGUGGUAGUGACUGUUGGCACUGGAUUAUUGUAGCAGUCUGAGAAAGUGAAGUAAGCGUUGCUGAAUUACUGCUAUAUAGAAUAUCGUAGCCAUGUAGAACAUCGUUGGUGAUCCCUUUUUCUUCAUCCUGUUUCUCUUAAAGGCGCCUUACUAAUUUUCAAAUUGUGCCUGUAGUAGAGGAAAUGGGGGAUGUAUGUAUUGAUGGCUGAAGAUGAAAAGAAGCCUUUUGAGGCAAGACCAGUUUAUUUUAUAGUAUUGCUUCAUAAGCCUUUAGAUUAAUAUAAAAAAACUCUCUCAAGUUUGUGCAGUGAUCCAUUUACUGAUACCUGAUGCCAUAAACACUAGGCUCUAUCUUCAGACUUGCCAAAGGGAAUUCAUGAUGUCUUAAAUAGUUCUGGGCUGUUAAAUAUGUACAUUUUAUCAAGUAAACCUUUCCUUCAUUGCUUAGAUAUUCCUGCCCUGUUAGGGCUAUACUGCUAUAGAUAACGGAAAUGAAAAGAGCAACAAAAAUGAAUCCUGACUUUACCAUAACUUGGGCAUAACAGUUUGUUCCUGGAUAAAAGUGAUUGCUCCAGAGAAGCUGUAAGUUUUUAAAUAUCUUUAAAAAGAAUCUUUGUCCCCAAACUACUGCUUAAAAUAAAGUCUCUAUCCUUAAA